GCCCACGGCUCCCCCUCCCACCGCCCCACGCCGCUCCCCCCUCCCCGGCACCCCACGCCUCCGCCUCGUUUCCCUCCCCUCCGCCCGCCGCAUCGUUCCCCUCUGCUACCACCCUUCAAGGUUCAAUUUUUGGAGACCACUGUCCGCAUUUGUCCAUCGGCGACCACGAAGCUCGCCCCCUCCAUGGACGCAGCACUAGAAAGCAUGGGUGCCCCUUCUCCACUCCACGGACGACUACGCGCUCAAGGUGGAGGAGCUCACCGUGUUCAAAAAGGUGGAGGAGCUCACUGUCAAACUCGCCGGAGUGGCGCUCGCCGUCGGCCCCGCGCAUCCGGGCCCGGCGCCGCCGCCGCCAAAGACCACCUCUUCAAGGGGUCGCAGGACCACCCGGGCCUGGUCACCAUCGCCAUGGAGGAUAUCUUGCAGUUCGCGGCGUCCAUUGGUGGUGGAGGACACCCACGUCUUCGAUCUGUUGGAGCCCAAGGAGCAGGAGGUCCUGGUGCUGGAGGAUGCACAUGGCAAGACCAAUCUCAAGGGCCUCUCCAAGGGUGCAGAGUAGAGCAACAGCAGCACGGGCAGGGUCAAGGAGCAGUAGCACGGGCAACUCAGUGGAGCAGCAGCAGCACGGGCAGGGUCAGUGGAGCAGCAGCAGUACGGGCAGGGUCAGCGGAGCAGCAGCAGCACGGGCAGAAACCACCGGCGACAGGGGAGAAGCAGCCGCACGGGUGCGUGGGCAGGGGAGAAGGAGCAGCACGGGUGCGCGGGCGUGGGAGAUCGACGAGGUCGCGCUAGAGAUUGAGGAUCACGUGCGCGAGCUCCUGGUCCACCGGAUCGUGGAGGCAGGCUCCGGCGACGCCGGUAGGGGAUCACGGCGGCGCACGCGCCGGAGCUCGAGGAGGACGCGCGGGAGCACGAGGAGGACGUGCGCGGGCUUGAGGAGGAUGCGGGGGAGCUCGAGGAGGAACCCGCACGACCUCUAGGAAGACGUAGUGGGAGAUUCCGGCGACGCCUGCAGGUAAUCGCAGCGGGAGGGUACCGCGGCGGCGCAGGUCUAGGCUGCAGCGGUGGAGGAGGUUACUGUCGAUGGCGGCGAGAGCAUGUACUUGGCGACGGCGGAGGAGCUCAGCUGGGCUCGCCAGCCCCUGGCAAAUCACGCAGCUGGGCGGCCCCGGCCCCUGGCGACGCGCAGGCGACGGACGGAGGAAGAAGACGGGGCGAAGGGACUUGUUUGAAACGCUUUUGAAACCACGAGGUUUUUUUUUGCAAAAUUACCAGUGAACUACGCCCACGGCAUGUUUUUCGGGACGGGGAGUACAUUCAUGUUGCGGGAUUUUUCGUAAUGCCCGCAAGAAUUGGCCUCUAUGAUGCCAGCAAGUGAUGUUUUUUUUUUACAAUUUUAUUGCAUACAAAGUUACAAGUAGAGUGGAUUUAAAUACAUCACACGAUACAACUACACAAGAGAGAAGUACUGCUCCCCUUUGACUGUGAUGCCCCGAAUCCAGGUUAUAGCGCUUUUUGUGCACACAAAAACCCAACAGGCAAACUUAUGGUGAGGUGUUUUGCGAAAACCCAUGCAGCAUGAGAUGAGCUAAGUCUACAGAAUUAUCAAAAGGGCCAACAUCAUUGCAGCAACAUCAUGACAAACGAUGACCAAAAUCUCUGACAGAAGGAUCGCCGUCAGUUCAGAGGCUGCAAUGAAGGCUCUUCUGCUUACAAGCAGUGAAGCAUUAUCCCCAGAGUU